AUGACCUGCCAUGUCCUGGAGGUCCAAUAUGAAGAAGAACUACAAUUUUCUUCUUUGCCUGAGGCCCUUGUAGCAGAACAGCUGACCUACAUGGACUCUAAAUUGUUCCAGAAAGUUGUUUCCCAGCAUUGUUUGGGGAGCAUUUGGUCACGCAGGGACAGGGAUGAAAACAAAGAGCUGGUGCUUAGCAUCAGAGCCACCAUCACUCAGUUCAACGCCGUUUGCAAUUGCGUUGUGAGCACCAUCGUGAAGAAUAAGGACCUAAAGACACAUCAGAGAGCCAGGAUCAUGGAGAGAUGGAUCCAUAUUGCCCAUGAGUGUCGUGCGCUGAAGAAUUUUUCUGCCCUGGGGGCUGUUGUUUCGGCACUGCAAUCCUGUGCUGUCUUUUGGCUCAAGAGUUCCCGGGCACGUGUUCCAAAAAAGGCAGUGCUGCUGUUAGAGGAGCUGGCCCAUAUCUUUGCAGACCGUAACAAUUCCUUGGCAGCUAAGGAGCUGGUGGCAAAGGGGACAGGGCAAGUCCUGGUACCUUACCUCGGUGCUUUCCUCACUGAUCUUGUCAUGCUCGACACAGCCCUUCGAGACUGUGGAGGUAAUUUGGG